AUGCUCAAGGCCUCUCCGGCCUACCUGUUGGGAGGGGCCUCGUUGCUUUCAACAAUCAUUGUGACCAUUCUUCAUGGUUCUUGCUACGCGUCUUUGAGAACCUCGGCCGCCGGCGAUUCAUUGCUUGAGGCCGUCACUGUUAGCCUUAGCCUUCUUAGUUGUGUUGUCGUUCUUGCUUUGAUUUUGGUUUGGGCAAAUGAUUCAACGAUAGAUCCGGGGGCGCAGCAAAGAUGGUGGAAGACGGGCACAUACGGUUUCUGCAUUGGUUACCUAUUGAUAGCCACUGGGAUAACGGCAGGGGCUAUAGCUUGGAAUACAGUUCAAUCCGAGCCUACGAUAUCCCCACUUCGACAAGCCCUAUUGAUCGCCCGCUGUGUGAUCUGGGCCAUCUCGGUCCUCGGUCAAGGAAUGUUAUGCGGCUAUCUCUUGACAACUCUAACCAACAAGAAAACCAACGAUAACGAUCAAUGGUCGGGCCUCAUAUCCCACGAACUCGAGGCAAUCCUUCCAAGUCGAUCAGGCACGAUAAACAAGGGCGCGUCAAAAGCUACAUCGGUGAUUUCUGACUCCCAACGACCAUCCAUCGAUUCAGUGCCCCAGCACCAGUCCUCAAUAUUGAGAACAGCCUCACAGCGUUCAAAUCGAUAUUCUGGCAGAACUCUGAUCCAGGCAGAUUCCAAGCCCAACUCACUCGACCUCGAGCCAAUGCACAUUUCCCCUCCCGAAUGCGCCGCCAUGCGUACCAGUUCCCACGACCAAGACAGCGAAAGCAGUCCGAGCAGACCCCAACAGCUCCAGCGAAGCAAUUCAGAGAUCAAAAGGUCUCUCGACAGCGUGAUGCUCCGCCCCUUCUCAUUCACCCCCUCACACGCACCCUCAUCAUCCACCUCGUCGACAGAAACCAUAACUCCGAAACGAUUUCUUCCCAAACUAAAACUUCCCGAUGAAAGCAACAUCCACCCCUUAUUCCGCUCCGACAGCCGAUCCCCCCCUCCUACAGCCACACCAAACACGAUGGUCCUUGCCUCACCGGAUGCAGGCCAGACGAUCUCCGUGAAGACUUUGCAGAGAAUGAGGUCUACGCGCUCAGUCGGCACGCACACGCCGCGAAGCAGAUCGCCGCUCUUUGAACGAGCAGAUCAUGAUUUGUCUUCCGAUCCCUUACAGAGGCCGGAUUCGGUCUUGAGUUAUAAUCGGAGUGUGUCUGGUCCGUGUUGA